CACAAAUAUUGUUUACAUGUUUUGAGAGAGAGAGAGAGAUAGGAUAGGGCAAGAGAGAGCGCUAGGAUAAGGCAAAAGAAAGCUACACAAGAGGAAUAAGAGCAGAGAGAGAGAGAGAGAGCAAGGAUAGGGCAAAAGAAAGCUACACAAGAGGAAUAAGAGCAAAAGAAAGCUACACGAGGAAUAAUAGGGCAAAAUAAAGCUACACAAGAGGAAUAAGAGCAAAAGAAAGCUAUACAAGAGGAAAAAGAUAUUGAGAAGAACUUUUGCAAGCUAGGAUAGGGCAAAAGAAAGCUACACAAGAGGAAUAAGAUAUUGAGAAGAACUUUUGCAAGCUAGGAUAGGGCAAAAGAAAGCUACACAAGAGGAAUAAGAUAUUGAGAAGAACUUUUGCAAGCUAGGAUAGGGCAAAAGAAAGCUACACAAGAGGAAUAAGAUAUUGAGAAGAACUUUUGCAAGAAUUAAUGAGAGGGGUGGCAAUGGAAAUUAAAAAAAUCCUAUUGCUUUUGAUGCUCUUCUCCCAUCUUUGUGUACUUGGAUUAUCUUCAUCCCCUCUUCAUCAAGAGACCUUGUCUUCAGAUUUUGUGCAGGAAAAGACCUUGGGAGGUGAAAAAACACAUGGGAGCAAGCUCGAACACGGGAUUGGACGCGGAGCAGCAAAUGCGGGCGGCACCAGACCUAACCCAGUUGAGGCUGGAAAUAAUGGUGGCACCAAAACACCUUCUACACAGGGAGGAACAACUUUCAUCCCUGUAUAUGCAGCCGGAGCUGCAAACAACCGCCAUCCGUAUCACCGUGGAGCCGCCAACUGUAACCGGAUAGGAGCUUCCACCCUAAUUGCUGCUACAAUGGCCUCUCUCUUACAUUUGUAUGAAGUGCCUAGAUGGGGAUAGAAGUAAACAUGUCCAUGAACAUGACAAUCUAAGUGCUGCCAGCUUCAGUAUAUAAUACAACAGUUCUUGUGCUUUGUAGUUAGCUUUCUUGUUAUACUAAAGGUUUCUAGUGAAUGUCUUAAAACCCUGUAUUAUGCUUUGUUUUCACCCCCCAAGCAACCUGUAUUAGUGACUUGUACAUCCUGUGCAUGAUGCCUUCCGAACACAUGUUGUACACGUAAUGGCCGAUGAUUGAAUAAUGUUUUUAUUUGUGCUUUUGAUAUCA